UAUCGUUUAAGAAAUGAGGGCGUGAAAAAUUUUAAAAACUUCGCAUUUUAUUCGUGCGCAGCUCAACAAGUAAUGUUUAAUUUUUCCUACAUGAACUAUGGCACAGUUCAUCGAAUUUGACUCCAGUAAGCAGCCAAGAUGUAAAGUGGAAUUGCACGCCCAUUUAGAAGGCUCUGUUCGUUGUGAAACAAUAUGGGAAAUUGCUGAAAAAAAGGGCUUCAGUCUGAAAUGCAAUACUUUAGAAGAAUUUUUCCAUGUUUGCAGUAUUAGAAGUCCAUCAAGUCUUGAACAGUUUUUAUUGGCAUUCGCUCAUUUUGUUCCAGUUAUUGUAGGUGAUGUUGAGGCUAUUGAACGUGUCGCUUACGAAUUUUGCGAAGAUCUUGCUGACCAAAAUGUCAUUUACUCAGAAGUACGAUAUUGUCCACACUUACUGUGCUCAUCUUUGGAGAACGAGAUAUCUGGACAGUUGACCCCCAGAGAUGUCGUCAUGUGUGUCAAUAAAGGACUUAAUCGUGGAGCUGCCAAGUUUAAAUUAUCAGUCAGAAGCAUCUUAUGUUGUUUCCGACCAAAUCCUGAAUGGUCUCAGGAAAUUCUUGAUCUGUGCCAGGAGUUCAAAUCUCAUGGUGUUGUUGGAAUCGAUGUCGCUGGAGAUGAAGCUAAAGGACUGGCAGAUAAAGAGAUUAUAAGGGUGUUUAAGCUUGCAGAGAGCUUGGGUAUUCAUCGGACGGCUCACGCAGGAGAAGCUGGUCCGUCUUCAAAUGUCCAAACUGCAUUGGAAGAGAUGAAAGCAGAGCGUAUAGGCCAUGGUUAUCAUGUAGUUGAUGAUCCAGACUUGUACAAACGAUGUCUGAACGACAGGGUACACUUCGAAACAUGUCCUUACUCUAGUUGUUUAACUGGAUCAGUUCCAUUGUCGGCUACGAAGCAUCCUAUUGUCAGGUUCGCCGAGGACGGAGCUAAUUUUUCCAUUAGUCGUGAUGAUCCAACUGUAAUACAGAAAACUCUUGACCAGGAAUACGAGUUUUUGAGAGGCUUUGGUCUCAAGGAUGUCCACUUCACUAGAGCUAAUUUUAACGCUGCUCGAGCUUGUUUUCUUCCGGAAGAUGAAAAAAAGGAACUUUUGAUGAAAUUGGCUGAAACUUAUGGAGUUCAAAAUAUUUGUACAGUUUGUCAGUAGAAAGGUUCCAGUUGUAUGAAAUCGAACUCUGUUCUUCAUAUAACUUUAAAAAUUAACCUAAGUUUUUAUUUGUCUAAAGACUAAAAUUUUAUUGUUCGAAGAUUCUAUUUCAUGAUGAUAAAUUUAUAUACAUCGAAUAUGAUAAAUUUCACUUUUUUGCUACAAUGUAAAUAAGAGCAUACUUUAUGUUGCAAAAUUGUUAUUGUUAUUUUAUAUUAUUAUUUUAAAAAUCAGUUUAUUGUUAUGUUUUGAAAAGAUUGUGAUUAUUUUUAUGUAUGGAAAAUUCGCUAUUUUUUAUCAGCUUUAAUAAAGUCUUGUUCUUGUUUAACAAAGUCA